UGAAGCCUGUCAUUGCCGAGUCCUGCGUGUACCGUAGGACUGCUAGCAAGCAGCAGCUAAAGCAUUUUGUCUGCUGGCUGCAGAGCGCCUCUGUCAUCUUUUACUCUGAUCAGAGCUGCACAAUUUGGUUCUUGUGUAUUUCCAUGCUGGCUGUCGUGGCCGACCCUCUGUAAAAAGUUGUAGGGAGCCUGAGGAGGGUGAAUGGACGAUCAGUCCGGGUGAGCUGUGAUAAAAAAAAACUUGAGGUGCUGGUGCCUGUGUCGAUAUUUUACUCGGUCCCGCGAGGGAGCUCGCGAGAUCCACAUCGAGCCAGAACGUGAGGGUGUCCGAGAGAGACCCCCCGGCGCAGGCCUUUAGUCUCUCGCUCAGACUGACGAGUGCUUCAAACCUCGUGAGAGAGUGAGUGAGUUAGGGAGGGAGCGAGCGAGAGAGAGAGAGAGAAAGAGAGGCAGGCAGACAGACAGACAGACAGACGGAGCGAAUGAAAAGAAAAAAGACUAGUCGUCGACCAGAAAGCGAGGAUUUAUGAGAAAAGAUCAGACAGACACCACCAACACUGCGGAAGGAAGCACAAGGCGGAGUCGAGUCCAGAGAGCGCAGACGCACACCGGCGUCGGUGUCAGUGCGUGCGGGUGCGAUGAAGCAGGAGGCCAGACAGAGUCGACGACUCGGGUCGAUCGAACCAUACGAAGCGAGUUGCGGCCGCCCGUGCAGCAUACGAGAAAUCCACGACGGCAGCGGCCAUUCCGCCGAGAGCGAGCUGGUGCCCGCCGACGGCCAGCGAGCGCAGUGUGAAAUGGCUCGGGGCUUGUAAAGGCAUCCCCCGCGCCCUGUACAGCGUCUCUUGACAGCCUAUCGGCCGUGAGGUCCAUGGUGAGCCACUCUAAUGUAGACCGUUGAGCGGAUCUGAGCUCAGUCCCGCGCGUAGCGUAUAGAUAGAUGCACGAGCAGAUUUGAAAGGAUAGACUGAUCCACCGAUAGCGCCUCUAUAAACUCUCUGGCCACAGGCAGGGCAUCAGCAGCAUCAGCAGCAGCAGCAGCAGCAGCAUCAUCAUCAUCAUCAUCUUCUUUCGCCGUCUUCAAAUUGUACAUGUAAAAGUCGCGGCCGAAGAAGAAGCAGAAGAAGCAGAAGAAGAAAUUUGACAGAGUGACGAACAUCUCGACAUUAUUUAUUUAUCGUCACCAGCAGCAUCGAGCCGGCAGGCAGGCAGGCAGGCAGGCCGAGAGACGAAGAUGGCUGUGGGAGUAUGGGACUUCGUGGCGCUGAUAUGGAAUCAUCCGUUCAUUUCUUGCCUGGUGUUGCUGCUGUUCACGCCAGCUCUUUUCCCCGUGGUCGUGUACUUCUCUCCGCUUCUCAUCUCCACGGCGCUAUGUGCAAUUGCUCUGAUAAGCAUGAACAUGGGCGAGAACCCGGAGACGGAGGACGAUCCGUACGUCCGUCGCUGGCAGUCGGAGCAGGUGGAGCGAGAGCAAUCGAAGCCAGCUCGCCAGAGCUGGUUUCAAUGGGUGAGGAAGGCGGAGGAAAAGACGCGGCUCUGGGUCGAUGGCAGGUUCAGUAAAGGAAAGCCCACCAAAAUUAAGUACGGCAAACCCGCAGACGAAGAGGAGGAGGAAGCGAAGGAGCACGAUCGCCGAGCUCACGAGGGCCCCGACAAAUCAAUUGGUGCACCCGAACCUACAUUGGCCGGCAGCAGCAAGCACGUGCCCAUUGGAGCCCUGCAAGAAGAAAUCCAGAGCGUCGUCGGAGAUGUUGUUCACCCCGGCAUUGUUCUGCCACCGAACGAGAGUGAUGCAAUUGGUGCACCAUCAGCAGCAGCAGGAGUCGUGGAUGUGUUGGCUGCUGCCACGCCGAGCAAACUUGUGGGAAAACCGGUUUCCUCUGGUCUGCACGUCCUUGCAGAGACGAUCCAACACAAGGUGCCUGCCACUUCAAACCAAAAGGCGGAUGCCAAUCCCUCGACUUCGACGACGACGACACCGUCUUCUCAACCGAAGUUGGGAGAUGUCGCAGCAGUCGCAGCAGAAAGGAGAGGGGAUGGGGGUUCCGAGGCAUCGAGAGUCGCAGGUGGCGCAGUCGCCCAGCGUCUUGUACAGGAGCACGGGGGCCAUGCACCACCAUCGCUCGACAAUGCGAGUCCCGUUGCCGCACAGUAUCCUCCCGUCAAAUCGGCCCGAGUGGCAACAGCGGCAGCAAUUGCUGCUGCUGGGCCAUCGCGGACGACGAUGAGUUCGAGCCUGCGCGAUGCCAUGUCUCCUUCUUCUUCCGAGGGGACGGCGAGCGCGGCACGAUCUCUUGCGAGCAUUUCGGCACAGAUAGCCGCAGUCGGCAACGAAGCUCUGUCGGAAAAAGUAAGAUUGUCUCGUUCACAUCCCACCAAUUUGGUUCCCAUGGAGGCCGUAGCAGAGACGAGCAGUGACCCUUCGGGUCCUGCUGCUCCUGCGCCUCCCGAGGAUGCUUCACAAUCAUCAGUAUCCGGCUCGCCAAAUGCUUCUGAGAACCCAACUCGCACCCCUGUUCCAAUGCGUCUUCCUUCCAUGAACGAGAGGGUCGCCGAGGCUCGGAUGAUGAAGCCUGAGCCCACUGCUUACAACGUCGAGGACAUGGAUACGGACUCUCCGUUUCUUGAUGCCCAAGAAAGCGCGACCGACGAGCCUGCUGUCGUCUCAGGCAGGGCCGAGGGCGAGCAGCAGCCCACUGCCGGCAGUCGGUCAGGGUCAGGGUUGGGAUCGGGCGAGCACGAGCUCGGUCGAAGGACGAGUAGUGGUAGUGGAGGAGCCGAUGCAGGCAGCAAGAAAUUGGUCGCAGAGCUGGUAAUUGACAGGUCGGCCGAGUUCGAGAAGGUCAUAUUCGUAGACGAAUCAAGCAAGGUAGGUAAUAACAUUUCAGCUGCAGGGCAUCCGCAGGAGAGAGGCGUAGGCGAUGGUGUUAGAUUGCAUAGCGAGGUAGUGGAGGUGAAAGGCUCCGGUCCGACGAAGACGGAAGUGGGGCUGGAUGUGCUGCUGGACUCCGACCAGAUGUUGGGGUUGUCGGCCAAGAAGGACAAGUCCAAAGAACGAUUGGAAGACAUUUGCGUAUCAGGCGGAGUAGGCGAUGGGUCUUGUACAGUGGGGAGAGCUACAAUAAGCAGCCGGAGCAUUGAAGACGAGCGCAACCUCGGUUCGGAGCCCACGCAAUUUGGCAAUUCAAUUCUGGAGAGAAGGGAUCGGCUGCAAGGUCCUGAAGAAAAGAGCAGCGGCUCGAGUUUGGUCGGCGAUUCUAUUAAGCCGGGGAGCGAUGGUAGUAGAGCCCAGCAGCAGCAGCAGCAGGAGCAAGAACUGGCCCGUGAAGGAGAGGGUUCGGAUGCUUCGGGUUCCGGCACAAGAUCCAUCGAUGCGAGGUCUUCGGUAGAUAGGAGGAAGUCUGAUAACGAUGUGAAGGUGGAAGAAGGCGAAAAUCUUGGCGCUGUUCAGACCAGCGAUGGAACGAGCACAGUCGUCGACCGUCUCAAUGCUAAGCGGCGGAGGGAUGAUUUAGCGACGGAUCAAUUGCAGAUUUUAACUGAGGAUGCGAAGAAUUUGCCGGGUCCCGCUACGACAUCCGAGUCGAAUUCGAAUUCGCGUCCGGAUGUCGCGGGGGACGUCGAGGGCGCGAACGAAAUCAUUCCUUUCAGCAGCCGCAGCGAGGCGGGCGAGGUCGGCUCGGGGGCCAGGAUUUACAUGGAGCCGGACGUCGCUCGACGCAUCCGGUCGCUGAACAUCAGAGAAGAGAAGCACGAUGGCGAGAAAGAAGCCAUGAUGUGGUCUCCGACGUCUGUCGGAACGCCGAGCGUGCGCAACUCCACGGACUCGAGGAAUGCGUGGGUGAAGGCGAACAAGGAAGAGGAGUUCGACGAGUACAUGAAAGAAUACUUGUCGCUGAAGAAGAGCUCGUCGCUGCCAGCGUCCGGCCGCCCGGAGGAAGGAGUUCGCGCCUCCGCUAUGGCGCUGGCCACUCUUGGCAAGGCCGCUUCUUUGCCCGAGAAGAAGAAGCGCGGCGGCGACGACUCGGACACCGACACCGAGGCCGGUGUGGGCACGAGGAGGAAGCCAUGGACCAAGAUCCACAACAUGGACUCGGUGGAAGAAAUCACGGCUCGUCUGUCCAAGAAGUACAAUUGGGCCAAGAUUGCCACGACCAAGGACGGGGCCGGCACGAGCAGCAGCAGCAGCAGGCCCGUCACGGCCCUGGCCUCGGUCGAUGCGCCCAAGGCCAUCGAGCCUGAGAUUUUCGCCGUCAACAGCCCCAAGGUGCCCAGGCACAUUUCCCCGAUGAGGCGAGGAAUUGACCCCGAGAAGAGCGAGGACGCUGCCGACAGCUACAUGUCGCCCAUGAAGAAGGUGAUGUCCGCUGUCAGGAACGUGGGCAGCAAAGACAAGGACACCUCGGGGAAGCCCGGGCCUGCCCAGCCUCACGAGAGGAAGGGCCUGUCAUCGGUUCUCAACAUCAAACGCGAGCGAUUCAUUUCGCCGUUGAAGAGGGUGUUCGCUUCUGAAUCGGAAGGAGGCAGAAAAUCCGGCUCUUCGAAUGAAAGGAAGGGAGCAGCAGCAGCAGCAUCCAAGGAAAAGGUUGCCGCCACCGCGGCGUUGGCUGCUCUGGCGGAAGAGGAGCCCCCGGUCGGUUCGACCGACAGAUUCAAGGAUCGGCUGAUGACGCCUCUGAAGAAAGUGUUCUCGACGGAAGCGAAUGCCGGUGGCAAGAAGGCCGACAUCGCUCUGGAGGCGACGGCCGAAGGGUCGACUCCUCGCGUCAAGGGCUCUCCGGCUCUGAAGGCCUUGUCGGGCAAGGACGAGGCGGGCACGGAUAAGUUCAGAGACAGAUUCAUUCUCCCCUUGAAGAAGAAAUUCUCGUCCGACAGCAGCGGAGGCAAGACAGCGCACACCCCGGAGAAGAGAGGGCUGUCCGGCCCCAUCAUCGAUUCGUCGGGAGAGAUCGGCUUGGGCGCGACGUCCACGCUCGACAGACAUCUAAGAUCUCCCGAGAAGAAAUUCUCCUUGUCUUGGCCCAAGAAGCGAGCGAAGGACGACCAUUCGCCCGCCCCUCCUGCUCCGGCGCCAGAGGCACUCAGUCCGGGUUCCAUAUUCGAGAAGCCCAGGAGUCCUGGCAUUUCGGAGAAGGCGACCGCGAGGUUAAUCUCCCACGGCAAGAGCUACUCCAUCCCUUCGGUGUCGCUGGACGACAGCGGCUACUCGUCCGAAGAUCUUCGGUCUCCGGAGAGAAAUCUCUUCCGGAUUCCGUCGAAGGACAGGGAGAAGGCGUUGGCGCAAUCGAGCAAGGAGAGGGAGAAGGAGAAGGCCACGGGAAGCAGGACCUCGUGGUGGAACAGGAAGCGGGACAAGGUAGUGGUAGAGGAGGCGACUGUGGCACAGGCAAGACAGCCAACGAGGGACGAUGCCAGGUCGUCUCCCGAGAGAUUCAUCGGCGGGAGGAGUGCGGAUCGGACCUCGCCUCUGCUUCGACGGCUGGAGAAGGACGAGCAGCUGCUCGCCGUCCGGGCCAGCCCCAGCGAGGACAUAGCUUCCCCGUCUCGAACGCAGCACAGGCGAGAGCAUAGCGAUUCUCUGCCCACGAGGUUUCGCGGCCACGAGCGAAGGAUGUCUCUGUCCGAGCUGAGCACUCCCGAGAAGAAAGCUUCGGCCGCCGAGAGGCUGGGCAUCGUGGAUCCGAACGUUUCCAUGCCCGAGAGGCUGAGCUUGUUCGACAAGAGCAACACCCCGCCCGGCAGGGCGCAGCAUUCGCGGCAGAGAAGCGUGGACGUGAUGCCCCCGCCGAGAGCAGAAGCACACUUGUACAAAAGUAGAAGUGCUAUUGGAGCUGCUGAUCGCGAGCAGGAGCGGUAUAGGAACGAAAAAGUACCUUUCAGUGGAUCGAGAUCAGAUCCAGAGGUGAACAAAUUGUACAGAAAUUUGGAGUCACCUUCUAACGCGGAGAUUAGAAUCACAGACAAACUCAAAGUGCCCCUCGAAGAGGUCCUCUCUCUUCUGGCAGCAGGGGAUAGUUCCACGAGAAAUUCUACCACGGCUCGGGAAUCCUCGUCAUCGGAAGAAACUUCAUCCUCCGAAGAGGAAUGGUCGUCGAGCUCGGACGAAGAAGAAGCUGCAGCGGUUACCGUCCCGAAGGUCACUCAACCAGUUCAGAGUAGGAAAUCGAACCAUUUUUUUAACAAAGGAAAUCGUCAAUUACGUAACGCCGAUGCCUAAACCAACCUCACUUAGACUGUAACUCUUUGUACACAUCUACGUAGCUAUGAUCUCUGCGUAUAUUCAAUCAAUCAAUCACCUCGAGAAAAAGGGAGCCACCGAGUCAGCUCUGCCUUCCUCCCCUUCGUCUAGUGGAAAUGUCUACGGCCGUCGUCUGUGAAAGGGUAUCUUUGUGUCGGGAGAUAAAACUCAGAUGCUCCUAGUCGUGCGUGGCCUAGGCCCCACUUGUACUAAUUUUACCGAUGAAGAUUACUUUUUUCUCGCACACACACAUACUCUCUCUCUCUCUCUCUCUCUCUCUCUCUCUCUCUCUCUCUCUCUCUCUCUCUCU